AUGGAGGAAUUGCAGGCUAAAUUUGCUGAAUUGCAGCAGCAGAACACUGUUUUGCAAUCACAAUUAACUGCACUGCUUUCAAAAAUUAACAACCAGAAGGCAGAAUCUGUGCAUGUGGUGGAUAGUGUCCCUGAGGUUUCAGCAGUUUCACCCAAACUGCCACCAUUCUGGGUGGACCGUCCUAACCAUUGGUUUAGGCGAGUUGAGGCCCAAUUUAACCUGGCUGGUAUUAAGAGCGAACAAACAAAAUUUGAUUAUAUAAUUGCAAAUCUUGACAGCCGUCUGAUAGCCGAAGUCGAGGACAUUGUCUCGAACCCUCCGGACCAGGGCCAGUACGAAAAGUUGAAGGCUGAACUUACACGCCGACUCUCCAUGUCAGAAUGUCAGCGGGUCAGGCAACUGAUCAGCGAGGAAGAAUUAAAUGGGAGAAAGCCGUCGCAAUUCCUACGCCAUUUACGUUCCCUAGCAGGAGACGACUUAAAAGAUGAUGGCAUAAUUAAGGAGUUGUGGAUGCGACGGCUACCUCAGUUUCUCCAGGCUAUCCUUACUGCUCAAUCUGACCUGUGCUUGGACAAACUGGCACACCUUGCAGAUAGUAUACUUGAAGUUAGUCCAGGGACUAUUACAACUAAUGCUGUUUUCGCUUCUACCUCAAAUUCUCCAACAUCGAAGAACGACCUGACCACCCGAGUUGAGGAGCUCACCAAGCAGGAAUGGCUUAUUUUUCUCCGUAGGGGGGUGAUGUGGCGACUGUACAUUAUGCAGACUGUACAGCGCUAUCACUUAUUUAAUACAAUAUGUUGUUUAAUACUCCUAGCGCCAUCUAUUAGAGCGCUGGAACAAGUGAGAGAGUGA